UAAUGUCAUGUUAGCAGAAAUCACUAAAGUGGCUUCUCUUUUAAUGUACAGGAGGAUAUGUACAUUUAUUUUCUGCAAGUAAAGUAUUUAUGCUACCUUAACAUUUUUCAUGCGAAUCAAUAUGUACCCUUGUUCAUAACACAAUGGAAUAGUGGGAAUCAACAAGGAGAGAGGCCUGCUCAACAAAAUCUUCAUUCUUCACCUUCACUCCACCAACAAGAGUUGAUCAUAAAAAUAAAUUUGACAACGACAGUGAAGAUUUGAGUCAUCACAGCACAUGCAUCCCAAAACUUAUUAUUAUUUGGAGGGCAAAGCAAGACAACAAUUACAUGCUCGACAUUAUCUUUCUUUCUUUUGUUUAGUCAUUUUUGUCCGUAAAGCUCGCCGAUAAUUUGAACACAAAAGUAUAAUCUUAUGGCAUCCACUCACAAAUAUACUACGUGGCACAUUCAUACAAAUGUCUUAUUCGUCGUUAUGGACCCCAAUUAAUGAUUACUUGUAUACAACGGAGUCUUGAUUGAAUCCAAGUUUUGUUGACGUACAACUUGGAAGGAUUCCAGUGUCAUCAUACAGUUAAUAUAAGAUGACAUACAUUAAAUCCAGGGUACCUAUGAGAACAAAACCUUGACAUCAAUACACACAAAAAUAUGAUCACAUUAAAUCCAAACUACUUGUUUAACCUGUUUGCUCAAAACCUUUAAUAUUUUCAUAUGGUAUAGAUAUCAUGAGAGUUUUAACAUGUUUCUUUUGACAAUAUGUUGUUGAGUUCCCUACCUUUGGAUAUGCGACUCGUAUCACCAUUGAAAACAUUCGUCCUAGAAUACACUUUUCCAUCAAUUUUCUUUUUCAGGAUCCAAACUUUAAAGUGGAAGAAACUAUAAAGGCCUUAGAGUUAAUAUUGGGAAACAAUCGGUCAACAUAUUGGUCUUUCAUCUCUAAAACAGAAAAAAACAGCUGCAGAAACUUUUAUAUACAGUAAAUGAAUAAUACUAUUUAGUUAAGUCAUUAGAAUUAAGGAAGUAAUUUAUGAAAGUCUUAAAACCCUACUGGACCGGCUGAGCAAACUGAUAUAGAGGCUCGCAAUCUGGUAAUAAAUAUAAAUUAAAGUCCAUUAUCUGAUAAAAUUACAAUGGAAAGAAUAGUCAAAAACUCGCUUUAUAGAGUUUUUUGUCGGUUCCCUUUGGAGAUUGCGCUUCUCCCUCGCCUUUAGUCUAGCAGCAUCCUAAUUGUUUUCUUGCUCUUUGUUUCAGACCUUAACCAAUCUUCUAGAGGAACCAAUUUUUUUGCAUAGGUAUAUAGUUUAUGACUUGGCUCUUUAAGGUUGCUCUGUUACAAAGAAAGGCAUAACUUAGACUGUGGCGUGAGACGUUUUAAGAUGCAUUGAGUAGACAAUAAAUUGUUUGAAUCCAUGAUGUAACCGACACAAAGUUCAUACAUUCAAUGCAUACCAAAUACUUGGUGUAGUUGGAGGACGAUUUUCCAUAUUAGUGAAAAACAAUUUAUUACACAAGUUGACAGAGAAAGAAGCAGAGUAAUAUACCUACAAGAAAGUUGAGAAACAGCGAGUUUUAUGGUUGUCUGUCAAAUCCGUAUGGAUUUAUAAUACGUACUUAUGUUAGUUGAGCUGAACAAACAAAGACGAAGAGGAAAAAGUUGUUUAGUUAUUCAUUCGUUUGCUCCUCGUUAUCCAACUUAACAGUUGAACAUGUUAUGUUCCAAGACCGUCUUUUAUACAAAACACAAGAUUUAAUCCAUAACCAGUUUAUAUGUAACUUAUGGAAGUUUUUUUUUUCCUGUAACCUUUCAUUUCUAGUAUAUAGAAUAUCAGUAACUAUAAUGAAAUCAAGAGAUAAAUCAUCUUAAAAUAAGAUGGAACAACGAUUCUAAGAACUCUUGAGCUUUAGUGUUAAUGCAUGAUUUUCAAAAUUUAAAAUCUUCAAACUAAGAACAGUUAAAAAUCAAGGAGACAUCAAACAAAACAUUUAAAAAAGGUUAUUUUAUAUUGUCACAAUACACUAUAGUGUCUGGUCAAAAAGAUGAUAAAUAAAUAGGUACAUUGUUUUGUCAAAAAUGAUGAAUUCAAUAAUACUAGUAAAAUAAAUUAUUGGAUUCUGAAUUAAUUGUUGGGGGAACACGUGAGUAGAGGGUGCGUAGGGUCAAAAAACAUGGCAGAGGAGCGGACCACACGAAGUAAGUAGGAGUGUGUUCUGUUGGUUUUCGUCACGAAAGCCAAAGAACACUCUUCAAACUGAAAUCGCCGAACGAAUCUUAAAUGAAGCAAAAAAAUCUUUCUUCUUUUUUUUUUUUUUCUCUCUCUCUCUCUCCUUCUCACUGGUUGGCUCUCUGCCCCAAGGCGCCACCUUUCUCUGCAAAAAUCACUGCUUCCUACCCCUAACAUAUGUCUCCCUUCUCCAUCUCUAUCCACACACCUCUUUUUAUUUAUUUAUUUAUUAUCACCCCUCUCUCUCACCAUCACUCUUAUUUACCACUCUGCCACCAACUUCUUCUUCACCAUCUUCCAAGUGGUUUUAGGGUUUUGGAUUCUCCACAUUGUACUCCACUCCGUUCAAUACACAUUGUCUUUAUCAGGCAACAGAUGAUGAGUUUCUAAUCUCGAAGUUUCACAGGAGAGAGAGAGAGAGAUAGCUUGUGUCUGAGUUUGGCGAUUGGAAAAUGGGGGAAGUAAGGAGGCAUUCGUUAGAUGUACCCAUCACAAGAACUCUUGUGGCUCUUCGUAGGGUUCGGUCACUGAGAGAUCCAUGUACCAACUCAAUGAGCAAGUUUGCUUCUUUGCUAGAAAACGUCAAAUGGGAAACCGCUUCCAACAACGGGAUCUCGCUUCAGUUUCUGAACGAUGGUGGUUCUUGCAAGGCUGAUGAUGAUGCUGCUCAUGUGGGUUUGGUUCCUUACGAAUCAUACUCGAUCAUGGAAGAGCUAGAGAACGGUUGCGAUCUUCACAAGCUGAGCAACAGGGUGCUAAAUGGGGAAGGAGACGCUUGCUCGCCUUCAAGUGAAAGAUCUUGUGCUGUUAAAGGUAGAGAGUUAGCAUGUAAUGUGCCAACCCAUUACUCCACAAAAGGAGCUAGCUCGGUUGGUGAAUAUGGUAGCCAUGUAGGUAGUCCAAUGACCUCAACAAACCAUAGCUAUGGUCUAGAUGAAGAUGUUGAAUGUAACCGUGGCUGUGGAAUAGCCUCUUGCUGGUCAAGAACGCCGAGGUACAGAGGAUCAUCAAACCAGUCCUCUGAUGUGGAAGAGUAUCCUUUACUAUCCAGCAAUCCGGAGAGUAACGCUGUGACACCGAGGAGUAAUCACGAGACUGUGUCAAGAAGUCUAAGUCAGAAGUUUAGACCAAAGUCUUUCGAUGAGUUAGUCGGACAAGAAGUUGUAGUGAAGUGUCUGUUGAGCACUAUUUUAAGAGGAAGAAUCACUUCUCUUUACCUCUUCCACGGUCCUCGCGGGACCGGUAAAACCUCAACCUCUAAGAUAUUCGCAGCUGCUUUAAACUGCCUUUCGCAGGCAGCUCAUAGCAGACCGUGCGGCUCGUGCAGCGAAUGCACUUCAUCGAGAAGAAGCAUGGUCGUGAAGGAGAUAGACUCAGCUAAACUAAACCGGCCUAGCUACCUCAGGUCUCUCAUCAAAAGCGCUGCUCUCCCUCCUGUUUUGUCUAGAUUCAAGGUGUUCAUAGUCGACGAGUGUCAGUUGCUAAGUCAAGAGACUUGGGGUACGCUCUUGAACAGUUUGGAUAGUUUCUCUCAGCAUUCUGUUUUUAUUCUGGUUACGUCUGAGCUAGAGAAGCUGCCGCGCAACGUUCUCUCAAGGUCUCAGAAGUAUCAUUUCUCCAAAGUGUGUGACGCGGAUGUAGCUAGUAAGCUGGGGAAGAUUUGUGUGGAGGAAGGGAUUGAGUUUGAUCAGGGUGCGGUUGACUUCAUUGCUUCUAAAUCUGAUGGUUCGCUUAGGGAUGCUGAGAUAAUGCUUGAUCAGUUGAGUUUGCUUGGUAAAAGGAUAACUACUUCUUUGGCCUACAAGCUUAUUGGAGUUGUUUCUGAUGAUGAGUUGCUUGAUCUUCUUGAUCUUGCACUGUCUUCUGAUACUUCAAACACGGUUAUAAGGGCGAGGGAGCUUAUGAGAUCCAAAAUAGAUCCAAUGCAGCUUAUUUCACAGCUGGCUAAUGUGAUUAUGGAUACUAUUGCUGGAAAGUCUCAAGAGAAUAGUUCAGCAACCAGACUUCGGUUUCUUACAAGGCAUACCUCUGAAGAAGAGAUUCAAAAAUUGAGUAAUGCAUUGAAGAUACUAUCUGACGCUGAGAAACACUUGAGAGCAUCCAAAAACCAGACAACCUGGCUCACUGUUGCACUGCUGCAACUUAGCAACUCCGACUCGUCUUCUUACGCAGCAAAUGAAAAUGGAUUGUCUCUAAGAAGCCAAGGAAGCAAAGAUGGUGACCUCUCAAGCACAUCAUCGGAGUGUCCUGGUGAUGUGGUUAAACAAACCGAGGAGUGUCAAGAUGUAAACUGUAAUGAAACAGUUGAAACUGUGUGGAAAACGGUCACAGAGUUGUGCUGUUCAGAUUCACUAAGGAGAUUCUUGUGGAAACGAGGGAGGUUAACUUCACUUACUAUUGACAAAGGUUCAAGUGUGGCAAUAGCAGAACUAGAAUUCUACACACCUCAACAUGUAACAAGAGCUGAGAAAUCAUGGAAAAUGAUUGCAGACUCAUUCCAAACCGUGUUAGGAUGCAAUGUUGAGAUUCGAAUGAAUCUUGUUAUCUCUGAGUGUUCUCCACCAAAGAGUGCUAGAGCAGCAGGAAGGCUUUUCUCUGGACUUUUCAGCUGCUCUCGUAGAAUGCUACACAAGUCUACUUAUCUGACUACUAUAAACGACUCUGAUCAUUCACCUGAAGUUACAAAUUCUCUGAGAAGUUGCCAAGGAAAUGUCUUGAGGGCUCGAAGUGUACGUUCUUCAGCCAAUGCAUCGUCGCGGAUGAGCAGUGCAAGUGAUCAAGGCGAUGUAUAUUCUGUUAUGUGUACUCCACAUAUGCCUCAAGAUGACAAAAGGCCAGGAGAUGACACUGAUGUUUUGUGUUGGAGGAGGACUCCACUAGGCAAGGGUCAGGGAGAGACACCGAACAACAAGAGCUCAAGGCUUAUUGGCAGAGUUCUUCCCUGCACUGCAGCUGGUUAAGUGAGCUUGAUGACGCUCCCAUUUUGUGGAACCAUUAAGCUUAGCAAAAAUUCAUGAAGACAUUGCAUAAUGUGUUUCAAGACCAUAUAUUAGAUUAGCAUAUAUACUAAUCAAUCAUCAAAGGACAUGAAUCAUUUUAGCCUCUAAUUUAAACACUUUAUUCCCUGAGCUCA